AUGACAUCUAACAUAUUAAACACUGUGAUAUGGAGACAAAAGUCUAGAGAAUUGUGGCUCAAACUUGGGGAUAAAAACUCAAAGUUUUUUCACUUGUCUACCAUCAUUCGAAGAAGAAGCAACAAUAUAGAUGCUAUAAAAAAUGAAGAUGGGUCAUGGAUCCAUGAGUCUAGCCAAAUCAGGAAUCAAUUCCGAGAUAAUUUCAUAAAUCUAUUCACAGAAGGUGAUAUAUGUUUUCCUGAGACUCUUGAAUAUUUGGUGCUGCCUUGCAUCACUGAGGAAGAAAAUGAGAGCUUACAAAACAUCCCAUCUCCAGAUGAGAUCAAAGCUGCCCUGUUUCAGAUGCCGGAUUUAAAGGCACCAGGCCCAGAUGGCUUCCCGGCGCUCUUCUAUAAGCAACUAUGGCCUACAGUAGGAAAUGAUGUCAUUAAGGCAGUCUCUUCCUUCUUUGCCAGGGGUUCAAUGCCAAAAGAGGUAAAUAGCUCUCUAAUUGUUCUCAUCCCUAAGUUAUCUAACCCCACCACUGUUAAUCAUUUCAGACCAAUCAGCCUUUGUAACGUGGUAUAUAAGAUCAUUUCAAAGCUCUUGGUGGAAAAGCUUCGACCGCUUCUUGAUAAAUUGAUAUCGCCUACCCAAUCAGCCUUCAUUCCAAACAGGUGGAUAGCAGAGAACCAAAUUAUUGUCCAAGAAAUUCUUCAUAGCUUUAAGACUCGCAAAACAAAGCUAGGCCUUAUGGCAAUCAAACUUGAUCUCCAAAAGGCGUACGAUAGAGUAAAUUGGAAGUUCUUGGAAGCAGUCCUUCUUCAUUUUGGGUUCAAUGAAACUUUCACAAGGUGGAUCAUUGCUUGUGUAUCCUCGGUUUCUUUUGAAGUGGUUGUUAAUGGGGGCAAAUCAGAGUGUUUCAAGUCGAGUAGGGGGCUGAGGCAAGGGGAUCCACUGUCCCCAUACCUAUUUAUCUUGGGACAAGAAGUGCUAUCAAGACUUAUAGAGCAUGAACUCAGGCUGAAAAAUAUCGCCGGAAUAAAAUCCAGUAUCAGUGGGCCUACGAUCUCCCAUGUUAUGUAUGCCGACGACAUCAUUUUAUUCACAAAGGCCUCUAAAAAAGAUGCAGAAAGUUUAGUGAGAACGCUGGAGAAGUACUGUAGCUGGUCUGGCCAAUCCAUUAACAGAAGCAAAUCGGGGGUUUUCUUUUCAAAGCAUACACAAAGCCAAGUCCGAAGAUCCAUAAAAGGAAUCCUCUUGGUGAAAAGCCUAAAAAGGGAUGCAGUAUACCUGGGUGCACCAUUGUUCCUUUCAAGGGCCCCUUCUAAGGACUUUGCAUUCCUUGAAGAUAAGCUUGAAGCGAAACUGUCGGGAUGGAGAAGCAAUUGUCUGUCAUGGGCAGGGAGAAGGACUUUAAUUAACUCUGUGGCACAAUCUAUGCCAAUAUACACCAUGUCCUCAUUCAAUAUUCCAAACAAAGUGUGCAACAACUUGGAUGCCCUAACUAGAAGGUUCUGGUGGAAGCCUAAACAAAAGGAGGGAAGAUUUCUGGCUUGGAAAGCUUGGGACAGCUUAUGUUGUCCAAGAAAGAGUGGUGGUUUGGGGUUCAAAAAAGCCAAAAACAUAAACUCUGCAUUACUGGCAAAGUUGGCAUGGAUGAUAGCAUCCAAGAGAGAUAGCCUCUGUAUGAGGAUUCUCAGAGCAAAAUAUAAGGUAAAAGAUGAUUGGCUUAGGGCGGAAGCGUCUAAGUAUGCAUCCCCCACUUGGAAAGCAAUUGAGAAAGCAAGGGAAGUAGUCAGAAGGGGAGCUUGCUUCCUCAUUGGAGAUGGUGAAUCAAUUGAUGUUUGGGUAGACCCUUGGGUUCCAUGGAUUGAAGGCUUCAUCCCAGCCCCAAAAGUUGAGUCAAACUGUCUGUUGCCCAUGAAAGUAGCUGAGCUUAUUGAUUUUGAGCUUCACACUUGGAAGACUACCAUGGUUCAGGAUAUCUUUAACCCCAUUUCAGCUCAAACAAUCCUAUCCAUUCCCAUCCCUAUCAGGCUGAGGCCAGAUAAGCUAUUGUGGAUUCCAGACUCCAAAGGUCUUUUCUCAGUCAAAUCUGCUUAUAAGGAGCUGUUGGCUAAUCCCCCUUCCCAAGCUGCCACCGUAGUUAAAUGGUCAAAGCUUUGGAAAUUGAGAGGUCCGGAAAGAAUCAAAAUGUUCCUCUGGAGAAUUGCAGAGGUGGAAUCUGCUGCUCAUCUUUUCCUUAAAUGCCCUGCAGCCAAGGCGAUUUGGUUCUCUGCAUGCUGGGGUUUCAAAUCAGAUGAAGCUCACUUAGCUCUUCCUAGUGACAUCAUUAAGGUAAUUUUGGAACCUCCUCCGGCCCUCUGUCAAAUGCAAGAUAUGUGGCUAGUAUCCCUAAAUAUGGCUCUUACUAUGGAGGAAAUUUGGUGCAUUCGCAAUGCUGUUAUACACCAAAACGGUACUGUUGACCUCCAGGCUUCCAUAAGCAGGAUUGGGAAAAAACUGAAUGAAUGUGCUAAGGUUUUCUUCAUCCCUCAAGCGCCUUUAGCUGAACAACCAGUGGUGCACUGGUCUCCCCCUCCUUUGGGAUAUACCAAACUCAAUGUGGAUGCGGCCAUUUCUCAGAACAACUCAGCCUUAGCGGUCAUUGCUAGAGAUGCUCAUGGUCGUGUGUUGAAGGCCUGGUCUAAGAUUCUGCCAAAGAGAUCCCCGCUCUCUGCUGAAACCGAAGCCAUUUUGUGGGCUCUGCAGCUUGCUAAAAGUGAGGCUUGGAGUGAGAUCAUUCUGGAAAGUGACUCAAAGAAUAGCAUUGAUGCAAUCAUGGACUGCACGUCUUGUCCCCUUUGGUCUAUCUCCUCCCUGGUUUCGGACAUUUGUUUCCUGGCUAAGUCUUUUGAUUCUUGUCAGUUUUUUUGGAUUAGUAGAAUCUGUAAUUCUGCUGCCCAUGAGGUAGCAAGGUUUGCUUUAGUGUCUUUAGUGUCUUUCAGUUUGGUCUCGGAAAAUCUUCCAGCUAGUGUGGCUAGUGCUUGUAAGGAAGAUGCUUGUUUUUGUUAA